AUGGAUAACAAUGCGAAAGUUUUUCAACGUGUUCGCCACGAUGAAUCUGAAGCCGAAGUAGACGAAGAAGUUGAUGUUCUCAUGUCAUCGGACAUUGUAUCUGCUCAGAUGUCCACGAAGACGAUAACAUUCCGACAAGCGUUUUCUGGAUGGGUAUUCAAACACGCAAGAGAGGAACGAAUCGGUGACUAUGAUGUGAACUUUUACCUCGUUGACGGGAUGAAACUAGUUUCGCGGAAAAGACGAGAACAUCUUACCGCCGAUGACAUCAAAAAGAACAAGUCUUUUAUGCAGUCUUUGGCAAGCGGUGCUGCUGUGGGUGAUGAGGAUUUCAAGAGUCUUCAACACCGAAAAUCUCUGGCUCCUCCUGGUCGUAUGCCCACAACUUGGGAAGAAUAUGUUGGUGCUGCUCCCGGCGCAGCACCGCCUUUGGGUAGAGCACAAAUCCUGAAGCAGAACGAGAAAAACUUUACUGCGAUCAUUGGCAUGAGCGAAGAUUUCCCAAUGCAUGUUGAUGUGUUACUGGACAUCCUUGAAAUUGUCGCUCCGUUCAAACAUCUUGAGAAGUUGCGCCGAUUUUGCGAAGCAAGACUACCACCUGGGUUCCCAGUUCGUGUCGAGAUUCCGCUCUUACCAACGAUUUCGGCAAAGGUCACGUUCCAAAAACUUCAGUUUGUGUCAAAUCUAUCGGACAAACUAUUUUUCAUUCCUACCUCGUACCGUGAAGAUCCAACAAGAUUCCCUGACUUGUGA